CGUCGUUCAUGAAAUUAGGCUGUUCUCGCAGAGUUGCGCCUUGCCCUAAUGUCUAUUAUUCACCGAAUCUUACAUCACAAAAUCGCGGAAUCGAAAAUCAUCUCAAGAGACGCUAUGAUAUUCUGUUAAUUACUCUGGUAAAAUGAGCGAUCGUGGUGCUGAAAGGAGAAUUACCAUACGAAACAACCAUGGUGAGAAUCUCGUGGGGAUCUUGCAUAAUUCAGCUUCAGUUUCGCUUGUUAUCGUGUGUCAUGGCUUCCAAUCUUCCAAGGAAAGGAUUCCCAUGGUGAAUCUUGCUGAUGCUCUUGAAAAAGAUGGAAUCAGUGCUUUCCGCUUUGACUUUGCUGGAAAUGGGGAAAGUGAAGGUUCAUUUCAGUAUGGUAACUACUACAGAGAGGUUGAAGAUCUGCGAGCUGUAGUUCAACACUUCCGUGAGCAAAAAUAUGUAAUUACAGCAAUUGUUGGUCAUAGUAAAGGGGGUAAUGUGGCUCUCUUUUAUGCCUCAAAAUAUAAGGAUAUUCAUAUUGUUGUCAAUAUAUCUGGUCGGUUCAAUCUAGUGAGAGGCAUGGAAGGUCGUUUGGGCAAAAGAUUUAUGCAGAAGAUCAAGCAAGAUGGAUAUAUAGAUGUAAAAAAUAAAAGAGGGAAGAUUAUGUAUCGUGUUACUGAAGAAAGUUUAAUGGACCGCCUUUCUACUAUAACCCAUCUUGACUGCCUAUUGAUUCCCCAAGAUUGCAGGGUGUUGACAAUUCAUGGAUCCAUGGAUGAAACUGUACCUGCAGAAGAUGCUUUAGACUUCGAUAAAUUCAUAUCUAAUCAUGAAUUGUGCAUCAUAGAAGGAGCUGAUCAUGAGUUUUCUUCUCAUCAAGAUAAGUUGAGCAGCUUAGUUUUGGAAUUCAUCAAGACUCGUGCAGAUAAAGACAAAGACACAUCAAAGGAGGCAAAGAUUCAUUCUCGGUUAUAGUUCUUGCAAAAUAUGGGGAUCCAGUACUUCUCUUCAAACCAUUUUUCUUGCAAACGAAUACACAUUUUUGAUUAAUAGAUGAACAAGAAAGAUGGGCAAACCUUGUCCCAUUUCUAACAUCCCACCCUUGCCUACCUGACAGUCAAUAAUUAGCAUUUGUCAGAGUUAUAGAAGAUUGACAAAUGCAACACAAGUUUCUCACUUUUGGAACUCAAUAGAUACACGUCUGACAAGUAUUGUCACAUCAUUAUAGGCACAUGCCAGGUUGCGUGUUGUCAAUGUAAGCUGUUCUCUUAUCAUCUGGUGGGUUACAUGAAGCACUGCUAAUUGAAUUACAGGGCGUCUAUCCAAUCAAAAUUGCUCUUCGAGCUUGACUACUACGUUUGUAAUCACAGAUUACAGACUACAUACUGCCUAGUACAGAUUUACUUGUGGUCAUAACAUUGCACAUUUCAUAUAUGUCUACUACAUACACUUAGGAUAAACCAUGAACACAACCCAAUAUCAUAUUUCAGAAAAGACUGUAAAAGUGCAACUGUGGUACAAGUUUUAACUUGCUUGUGGCAUGUUUCUUCAGCCUUCAAAAUGUAUGUUUUGUUUGGAUGAGAAUAAAAUAAGCAAGGAAAUGUGAUGGAAGCUCAUUCCCAAUGUUA